UCUCCCAUUUUGUAAAUUUCCAAAACAUGGCAACYAAAACUCAUUUACUUUUUAUGGAUUUUUAGUGUUGUCUUAGCAAAAGUAAUAAUGUUUUCCAAUGAAACACAAGAAGGAGUUUUCUUUGAAUCGUCCUGGAAAACUGAGAGAACAGUUAAAGAUGGUUUUGCUCAAACAAGUGAAAUUAUUACAUACGAGGCCGAUGCACAAGCUGUUUUUAAGAAGGAUAUUGAGAUUCAAACAGAUGAAGAGCCAGAGAAAGAAAUAGCAAUAGCAAACGACGAUAAUUCUCAGAAACUAAAUGAUUUCCURUUGCGAGUUUAUCCUGAAUUGAGUAGACAGUUAGAGGCCAAUAUAAGAAGUCAUGCAUUUGAUGGCUAUGAUGUUGAUUGGGAAGAAAAAUCAAGCUCUGUUACUUGUGAGUUUAAUCUUGUAAAUGAAGACAAGGAAGAGCUCCAAGUAACUGGGCUGUCUUGGAAUUCAACUGGUUCUGUGAUUGCUGCUUCUUAUGGAAGGUUUGAUCAUGAAGAUUGGUGUACUCAUAAGUCUUCCCUUUGUACGUGGAAUAUAGACAGAAAGACCUUGAAAACUAACAAACCAGACUCAACCAUAGACUUGUCGAGUUGUUUAAUGAGCAUAGCUUUUCAUCCUAAGCUACCUGCUGUUAUUGCUGGAGGGACAUUUAAUGGUGAGGUACAGGUGUGGGAUUUGAGUAAAGAAGAUGAUUUGUUAAUAGGGACGUCUGGGCUGGGGAAUGAAUCACACAGAGAACCUGUCACAAAGGUUAUGUGGAUAAGUGAUGCAGCUUCGAAAGGAAAGAAAUAUCAGAUACUAAGUACAAGUGGUGACGGCAAGGUGUUGCUMUGGGGACUGCCCUCUCAAGGAUCACAAGAUCUCAAGAUUUUAAAAACCUACAAAUUCUGCUGGACAGGGUUCAUUGAAGCUGAUGAUAACUGACAUUCUCUUCUUGCAGUGACUACCCUGUCAUUCUCUCAUGAAGACAAGACAUUGUUUGUUCUUGGCUCAGAGUCUGGUGGAGUGUUUAAGUGUUCUACUAAUGCACGAGGCACAGCUGUUAYAAAUACAGCAAGCUCUGUGCCCUUGUUGUCUCCUGUUACUUUUGCCUUUGCUCACCACAUUGGUCCUGUAUUUUCUGUUGAGUGCUCACCAUACCAUAGGAAUCUAUUCUUAACAUGUGGAACUGAUGGGACCAUCAGAAUUUAUACAAUGUUACAGUCCAAGCCACUGCUGUCGCUGGAGCCCGGUGCAGGGUAUUUAUUCAGAGUGCGUUGGUCACCUGUCAGACCUUUAGUGUUCUCUGUGGUCACAGCAGAUGGAAGACUUCUUAUUUAUGAUCUUAAGGUGAAUCAAAUCAAUCCAGUUGUCACUCUAGAAGUUUCUUCACACAAGACACCAGUACAAUCAUUGGAAUACAAUGUACACAGGUAA